GCAAUGACCUUCCCUCUUCAAUUUCCCAUGUCAUUGCAGUGAAUCUGAGAUCCUACACCAUGAUAAACAGUAUUAGCCGUUCUACUCGUCGUUCGUGGCGCUCUCUGCUCAUUACAUCACCACAGUCUGUGGACAAAUCCCCAGAAACCAGUUGCUGUCAGUAGCAGCAGCUUGUAAAGUAUUGAUUGAGUUCUCACUGCUGCGUAUGGAGAACCCUGACGAAGCAUGCGCCGUCUCACAGAAACACCUGAUCCUGUUAAUAAAGGGGCUGUGUACCGGCUGCAGCCGCCUAGACAGAACCAAGAUCAUCACCUUCACAGCCAUGAUGAAGUCCGCCAAGCUGCCACAGACAGUCAAGACACUUUCUGACUUGGAGGACCAGAAGGAGGUGCCUUCUCCAGUCAACCCUGAGCUGCGACACAAGGAAGUGCGAAUGAACUUCUUCAAUCAGCUGACCUCGGUGUUCAACCCUGACCUCACCGUACUGGCCUCCCCCUCAGGACACACGCAGGUGGAGAUUGAGGACCAGACGACAGACCAGACCUUCCAGGCCAAAAUGAAAACGCGUCCCAGAACGUGGCCAGUCUCCAGGAACUGGGCGGGUCAGAGAAAUCGCUGCGUGUCUGCCUGAACCUCCCUUACUUCCUGCGCUAUAUCAACCGGUUUCAGGACGCCGUCUCAGCCAACUCUUUCC